AUGCCUCCCCUUCCGCCCACAUUGGAAUGCUAUCACGACCAAGCCAGUAUCGUGAACACAUACAACAUAAUCCUCAGACUUGAAAAGGCAAUUCAAGGUGAGAUUGACUCGGGGAAGAAAAUGGAGAAGCAGAUGAUUUAUUGCCAAAUACUUGGCUACCUCUUCCACCAUUUUCCGGGUCGCCAGUUGAAUGACGACUUCGUUCGGGAGAUCUCAACAAUCAGUUCCGACGACGAAAAACUGUUGGAGUUAGGGCAGCACUUCUAUCAGUUUUUCAUGCGACUCUGUGCGUCCUCCAAGUUAACAGCUUUACUCCAGACAUACUUAACCAACAAAGUCAUAUCUAGCCAAAAGCACACACGGACGCCUUCGUCUGACUCAUCUCGAUCGUCGUUUGACGAAGCCACAGAUCAGAUGAAGGACAUGUCGGGUGAGGCCCCUCAAAAUUAUCAAACUGCUAAGAAGCUCGCCCUCGCUAGGGAUGGUUAUCAGUGUGUUGUCACCAAAUCUUAUGAUGCGCCCGCCGCCAUGCGUAACAGCGAGUUGCGAGAGAUCGUUUACAGGGAACAGGGGUCUGUGAGGAUUACUCACUGUGCUCACAUUUUUCCGGAGCUUAUCACCGCAAACAGCACAUCAGGCUCAAACAUGGACCACUGUACUGCUUCUGUUUGGGCAGUGCUUGACUGCUUGGGCUACCAGCACCUACGGGAGGAGCUCAAUGGUUCCAAUAUACAUCGACUUGAAAAUGUCAUGACGAUGGACCUUACCACUCACCUGCUGUUUGAUUCAUUGUGGAUAUGGCUUUCUGAAACGAGCAUACCCAAUACGUACAGACUCGAAGCAAGCACGAGCGUCCUCCUUAACCACCGCCCAGAAUAUGUGACCUUUGCAACCACGGAUCCAAAAUAUCCCCUUCCUAGUCCAAACUACCUUGCUAUUCGCGCCGCUUGUGCGAAGGUUGCCCAUCUCUCCGGUGCAGCCAAGUAUAUUGCGGAAGUGUUAAGUCGCAUGGAAGACACUUGUGUCUUAGCGGAGGAUGGAGGGUCGGCAGAGCUUUUACACGAAGCAAUUUUGUCUUCGAUGCAGGCUAUUUGA